CAUGAAUCCACUGUUUACAUGGAAAGUUUGAUUUAGCGUAUAGAGUCCUAGAGAAAUUAUAAUGAAUUGUUUAUUGUCCUCGCAUACUACGCUUUAUUUUUCAUAGUUUACAGACUCAGUUCUUCAAACAUGAUGCUGAUAUUGCGACAAUAUGUCAAUUUUCCUGUAAUGUUCUAUGUCGGGCAUUCUAGCUUCCACGCAAGAUUAUCAACAUAACAGUGAGCUGGCUAACAGUUACAUAUCAAACAACGUUACGGAUAAUCUGGAACCCUUUCUUGCGUUGAUAUUUUCAGACUGGUUGUCUUGGUAAUAGCUACUAAGAGGGAAAAUAGGCUACCGCUGUUUCAUUCGUUUCGAUUGGCGAUCGCCCCAUUCAUUGGUUGACAAGCUAUUGAAUUGACAGCAUUAGCCUGCUAACAUUAUCUGUAUGCCAUACAUUCAAUUAAUUUAGUAAAACUGAGAGACUAACUGUACGAUAUGACGUCGGCGGAGCGAAGUACCUGGCUGUUGACCGGCGCCACGGUCGCCUGCGUGGCGGCGCUUUAUCUGCCGUGCGUACAGAGGGCUGUACCGGGAGGAGAUUCAGGAGAGCUGAUCACCGCUGCUUGCGAGCUGGGGGUGGCCCAUCCCCCCGGCUACCCCCUGUUCACCCUCCUGUCCCACGCGGCAAUGGUUCUGCUGCCUUUCCAGUCCUCAGCCUACAGCGUCAACCUGCUGUGCGGCCUGCUGGGAGCGCUGGCGAGCGGGGCACUCUGCUUCACUGUCUGCAGGGUGGGCGGGGCAGGGCCGGGGGCUGUCCUUGCCGGGGCAGGUUUUGCCCUGUCCAGGCUGGUCUGGCAGUGGUCCAUGGUUGCUGAGGUCUUCUCCCUUAACAACCUCUUUGUAGGGCUGCUCUUCUCCCUAGCUGCCUGUUUCCACCAUGCUGACAGCGCCCCCCAGAGGAGAAAGUUUGCCCAGUGGGGGGCGCUGUGCUGUGGCUUGGGCCUGUGUAACCAGCACACGUUGGUGUUGUACAUGGCAGUUAUCAUCCCAUGGGUCCUCCUGCGACUCCACUCUCACCAGGAGCUGUCACUGCGUGGCCUCGCAGUGCUAGGGUGGUGGUUCUUAGGAGGGCUCCUACCUUACGUCUACCUGCCUGUGUCGUCCUUCCUGAACACGGCGCGCUGGAGCUGGGGAGACCAGACCUCCUUCCCCGGCCUGCUCACUCACCUACUGAGGGCAGAGUACGGGACCUUCAGCCUGGCUAAGACGGAGAGGACAGUGAGCCUGGCCAUGAUGCUGCAGGCUCAGCUGGACCACUGUGUGGCUGACCUUCCUCCUCCUGUCCUCAUCCUUGCUGGCCUCGCCAUGUUCCUGUCCCUCAGAGACAGGAGGCGCUGUGUCCUGCCCUGGCUGCUGGUAAGCAUGGUGCUGCUGUAUUCACUGUUCUUUGCCUGGAGGGCCAACCUGGACAUCAACAAGCCGCUUCUCCUGGGUGUGGUGGAGCGGUUCUGGUUGCAGGGCGAUGCAGCCCUGUGUGUUCUGGCAGGACUGGGCCUGUGUGGCCUGCAGGAGGCGCUGCAGCGGUCUCUGGGCAGGGGGGCCCUGUGGAGCGCUGGGGGCUGGGCCCUCACCACCUUGCUGCUAGCACACCUGGCGCACUCCAACCACAGGGAGUGCGAUCUGAGCCGCAACGAUGUGGUGGAGAGGUUCGCCCGGGGCGUUCUGGAUUCCAUCCCCCAGAAUUCCAUCGUUCUGACGCGCGGGGACCUGCCGGGAAACACCCUGCGCUACCUGCACUAUUGUCAGGGCCAGCGGCCAGACGUGAGCCUGGUCGACCAGGAGAUGAUGACGUACCGUUGGUAUGUGGCGAAACUGGGACCGCACCACAGCAGGGUGCGCUUCCCUGGUCUCUGGUGGGACCCUCUGCGACCGGAGGAGAACGCUUUCACUCUAGAGCAGUUCCUUGCCAAAAACUCACAGAGGCCGGUCUUCACCUGCAUCGGGCUGCCGGAGGGGGACCCCAGCUGGCAGCGCAGCUUCUCCCGCCGGCCCUGGGGCGUGUGCGAGCAGCUGGUGCCGGCCCAGACCCGCUUCCACCCGGAGGAGUGGGCCCAGCGCACCCGCAACAUGUACAACUGGACAGAGCCGCACGACAGCUUUCAUCCUGGGACCUGGGAAAGAGUGGCGAAUGAGGAGAUGUGGCAGGCCAGAAUGAAGACGGCCUUCUUCCUGUAUGACCUGGCAGAGAGUAUGGAGGGAGAGGCCAAGGCACAUCUCUUUGAUGUCUCCUACACUCUGUAUAAGGACGUGGUGGAGGAGCAUGAGGACCACCCCCCUAACUGGGACAAGAACAUAGCUCUGGCCAGUGAGAGGUUGCUGAGGUCCGGUGGCCGGGGCCAUAGCCAGGACAGCCUCCUAAGCCAGAGCAUCAGCUACUUCACCCUGUACCUAGACAGGGAGCCCAUGGACCCCCAGGCCGAGGCGAUCCGAGGUGCCAUCUCACACCUGCUCAAAGAGCGGCAGAGACUCAGAGAGAGGCACACUCCCUGAGGGUGGAAUCCACUUUGAGAACCUAGGCUGCCUGCUUUUGAUGAGUGGGAGGAGAUGUGCAAAUUCUGUUAUUCCAGUAGAUAGGGCAUAGUUGAGACGAGUGGGAUCUGUGCCUUCAAACCAGAGAAAUAAAAAAAUGUCACCGACGAAAAGCUUCCUCAUUGGCAAAGUCAUGUUGGAGAAUGAGGCAGGGGGUUGGACAUGGACUGUUUUGCUGGACUCAUGAUCCAAAUGUGCCAAACUGCUACUGUUUCUGUGGAUGUCUAAAAUAAAGAUUUCAGAAGAA